AUGCAACAGGGCCGACAAUGCGUUCUAGAAAUGGAGCUAUAUAUGAAGCAAGGGGAGGGAUUCCUGCUCGUCUUCUCCAUAACAAGCAUGUCCUCGCUCAACGAGCUUGCCGAGCUCCGCGAGCAAAUCAUUCGCAUCAAGGAUGACCAGAACGUGCCCAUCGUCAUUGUCGGUAACAAAUCGGACCUCGAAGAAGACCGCGCCGUGUCGCGAUCCAAGGCCUUCCAGCUGUCGCAGCAGUGGGGCAAUGCGCCCUACUACGAAACCUCCGCGCGCAGACGAGCCAACGUCGACGAGGCCUUCGUCGACCUCUGCCGCCAGAUUAUCCGCAAGGACAUCCAGGCCACCAAGGACCGAGACCGCGAGCACAAUGCCGCGAAAAAGAAAGAUGCCCAGAAGCGGAGCAAGAAACCGAGUAGGAAAAAAACUCUACGGCCUGAAUGCGUGAUCCUCUGA